GGAGCUCUGCAGAAACAUGAGGCACAAGAGUGCAAGCAGCUCAUUUCUUCCCUUAUGUUUGGGCUAAUUUCAACAGGAAGGCCUUUUUAGUGUAGGGGGGAGGGUCAAGGACUGAGGCUCUACUGAACUGAAGGACUUCUGGUCAAAGAGGGAGACGUAAAAGAAAAGAUUAGGGAUAAACUGCAGCUUGACUGCAAAUUUUCAAUGGCAGAGAGUGCACAGUGAGCUAGAGCUUCUGCCAGUCUAAUGGUUAAAAGGUUUUAAGCACUGCAGAAUUUUGUCUGGAUUCACUACAAUGUCUGAGAAGGAGUCUGUGACUGAAGGCCAGACUGCAGAAAAUGUCUAUUCAUCACCUGCUAAAAGCGUGGGAGACCCUGGUAUCACUCCACUUAGCCCUUCAAUGUCUCCGAAAGACUCAGAACAAGCUGUGUCCUUGCACCAGUCAUUUGUUGUGGUGGUAGCUAUUGAUUUUGGCACAACUUCCAGUGGAUAUGCUUACAGCUUCGCUAGGGACCCCGGGUGCAUUCACAUAAUGAGGCGCUGGGAAGGUGGUGACCCUGGUGUAUCCAAUCAGAAGACUCCUACUACUAUCCUCAUGACACCUGAUGGAAAGUACCACAGUUUUGGUUAUGCAGCCAGAGACUUUUACCAUGAUCUGGAUCCAAAUGAUUCAAAACAAUGGCUCUACUUUGAGAAGUUCAAAAUGAAGCUCCAUACAACAAGUGAUCUCACAAUUGAAACGGAACUGGAAGCCGCCAAUGGGAAAAAGGUCAAAGCUAUCGAAAUUUUUGCUUGUGCACUAAUGUUCUUUAAAGACCAUGCCUUACAGGAGCUGAGUGACCAGGCUGGUUCACAAUUUGGGAACUCGGAGGUCAGAUGGGUCAUUACAGUGCCAGCUAUAUGGAAGCAACCUGCAAAACAAUUCAUGAGGCAUGCAGCCUACAAAGCAGGUCUGGCAUCUCCUGAUUGCCCAGAGCAGCUCAUUAUUGCACUUGAGCCUGAAGCUGCUUCCAUCUACUGCCGGAAACUCCGCCUACAUCAGAUGAUUGACCUCAGUGCCAAGGAGGCUGUCAAUGGGUAUAGCCCCACUGAAACACUUGCAUCUGGAAUAACGCAUGCUAAAGAAUACACACGCCGUAAUCGACAGAGUCGCACCUUUUUGGUGGAAAAUGUCAUAGGAGAAAUCUGGUCAGAAUUGGAGCAAGGUGAUCGCUAUCUUGUGGUGGAUUGCGGAGGAGGUACUGUGGAUCUCACUGUCCAUGAGGUUAAACUACCCGAAGGACACCUGAAAGAACUCUAUAAAGCUUCAGGUGGUCCUUAUGGUUCCAUAGGAGUGGACUUUGAAUUUGAAAAGCUUCUCUGUAAAAUUUUUGGGGAGGAUUUUAUCGAACAAUUUAAAAUUAAACGCCCAGCAGCCUGGGUGGAUUUGAUGAUAGCAUUCGAGUCACGCAAAAGAGCUGCUGCUCCAGGAAGAACUAAUCCACUAAACAUCAACUUGCCUUUCUCAUUUAUCGAUUACUAUAAGAAGUUCCGAGGUCACAGUGUGGAACAUGCCCUUAGAAAAAGCAGUGUGAAUUUUGUAAAGUGGUCAUCCCAAGGGAUGCUAAGGAUGAACCCAGAUGCAAUGAACGCUUUGUUUAAGCCCACAGUUGAUCAUAUUGUCCAACAUCUACUUAAUCUCUUCCAGAAGCCUGAGGUUUCAGGUUUAAAGUUCCUGUUCUUGGUGGGUGGAUUCGCUGAGUCUCCUUUACUUCAGCAGGCCAUUCAGUCCAACCUUGCCGACAAGUGCCGUGUCAUAAUUCCUCAUGAUGUGGGACUCACUAUUCUAAAAGGCGCAGUGCUUUUUGGGUUGGACCCCACUAUCAUUAAAGUGCGGCGUUCACCACUGACCUAUGGAGUUGGGGUAUUAAAUCGAUUCGUGGAAGGCAAGCACCCCACUGAGAAGUUGCUGGUUAAAGAUGGCACUCGCUGGUGUACUGACGUGUUUGACAAGUUCAUCACAGCUGACCAGUCUGUGGCCCUUGGCGAGACUGUCAAACGCAGUUAUACCCCAGCAAAGCCAUCCCAAAUGAUUAUAGUGAUCAAUAUUUACUGUUCAGAAAAUGAUAAUGUUAACUUCAUCACUGAUGCCAGUGUGAAGAAAUGUGGCACUCUUCGGCUUGACCUGACAGGAACUGAUUGUCCAUCACUGCCAACACGAAGAGAGAUUCAAACUUUAAUGCAAUUUGGAGAUACUGAGAUAAAAGCAAUGGCUGUUGACAUUACCACUUCCAAAUGUGUCAAAGCUGGCAUUGAUUUCCUCAAUUACUAAAAUGUCACAGUCACCCAAAAGCUCUUGUGCCCUAAUUCAGAAUUAUUGAUUAUGUCUAAAACUGGAAAUCAUCAUUAUAGCUCAGAUUGGGAGUUCACUGUAAACAAAGUCUAACAAUGCCAAUCAUUUCACCAUGCCACUGGAAUGCCAAGAAAUCUUACCCUAAAUGCCACAUGUAUGCAGAAAGGUGAUCAAGUAUAUCUAUACUUACUCAAUGUAAAUUAAGUUUGCUCUGAUUUUAAAGAAUAAAAAGGAGAAAUGGCAUAAAGUUGCCUGGAGAAUGCUACUAUAUAUCACAGCCUGCUUGAUAGUACUUACUUCCUUAUUAUAUACUGUGCUGAAAUGAAGCACAGAUAUGGCCAUGCAGUAACUUAAUACAUAUUGCACUUAUUCUGUUGUCAAUUUAGAUGGACAAAAACUAGAAUGUUCAGGAUUUUUUCCCAAAUAACCAAACCAAUGUUUAUUUUUAUUUUUUGUAUAUACAGUACAAUAUUUAAAGCAUUGUACAUACUUUUAUUUCAAGUAUUAAAAGUAUAAAUGUAAAAUAUUUGAUUUUGUUACAUUUAUUGUCACAACACUGAGUUGCAAAGAAAGAAAAUGGUGGAUGUCUGAUUUGUAAUUGCAGCUUUAUGCUUCAUGUAUAAUCACAUGUAUCCUUCAACUUUUGAACCGAAGAUGUUAAUCUCUCCUUAAUAUUCUUCCUUACAUUGGCUUGAUUUGAUAAAUGCAUCAUUUUUUCAACUGUGGACAAAAUUAUCAAUUAAUAUUAGUACAAAAUGCUGAAUUCCAUAAACACUACCAAAUGUAAUGCACCAGUGAUUGCCUUGUCCCUUGGCACUUCCUGAUGUAAACACAAUUAAAGUAACACAUUCCUGA